GUUGGGUAGGACCCGCUGUUGUAGCUCCCCGUUACCGGGCGGAGCCGGGCCGGCCUCCCUGCCCGCCUGCAGGACCUCGGGGACGGACAUGAUCUCCCACGCGGACCCGAAGGCGGAGCGGUGGUUCUCCCGUCUGCGUGCCUGCGAGGGGCGGGCGGGUCUGCGCGGCUCCUGCCCAGCUGAGGAUGGGAUUGAGAGCAAGAAAGAGGAGACUCCCCACUGGGGCAUUCCUGGGCCAGCAAAGCCAGCACUACCCAAGGAGAAGAGCUCUCAGAGCCCUGAACAGGACUCGGUUCACCUACGCAGGUCAGAAAGGGCUCAGAAACCUCCCCUGGGGAAGAGGCAAAGCCGGGUGAUGGUACGUGGAAAGAACUUCAGGAGGCUGCCAGAUAUCAUCCAGCAGAGAAAUCCUGCUGCGGCGAGACUGACAAUAUGUGGGGACUGCGGGAAGAGCUUCAGGGUGAGCUCCAACCUCAUCCAGCAUCGGAGAAUCCACACUGGAGAGAAACCCUUCACCUGCACCGACUGCGGGGAGAGCUUCAGGCAGCGGUCACACCUCAUCCAGCACCAGAGGACCCACACUGGGGAGCGGCCCUACGCCUGUGCCGAGUGUGGGAAGAGCUUCAGCAUGAGCUCCAAGCUGAUCCGCCACCAGGUAACCCACACGGGGGAGAAGCCCUACAAAUGCACAGAGUGUGGGAAAUGCUUCUCUGGGAACUCCCAGCUUGUCCAGCACCAACGGGUGCACACUGGGGAGAAACCCUAUGAGUGCGGCGACUGCGGGAAGAGCUUCAGCGUGAGCUCAGCCCUCACACGGCACCAACGGGUCCACACUGGAGAGAAACCCUACAAGUGUGUGGAGUGCGGGAAGAGCUUCAGCCAGAGCUCCGAGCUCAUGAAGCACCAGCGGGUCCACAGCGGGGAGAAACCCUAUGAGUGCUCCGAGUGCGGGAAGAGCUUCACGGUGAGUUCUGCCCUUAUCCAGCACCGGCGGUUCCACCUGGGCGAGCGCCCUUACGGCUGCACCGAGUGCGGGAAGAGCUUCACGGUGAGCUCCCACCUCAUCCAGCACCGCCGCUUCCACACCGGGGAGCGGCCCUUCGAGUGUGCCGAGUGCGGGAAGAGCUUCUUGUAGAGGUCGGCCCUGCUCCGUCACCACAGGGUCCACACCGGGGAGAGGCCCUACGCCUGCUCCGACUGCGGGGACAGCUUUCGGCAGAGCGCCCACCUCAUCCAGCACCGCCGCAUCCACAGCGGGGAGCGGCCCUACGGCUGUGCGGACUGCGGGAAGGGCUUCACCGUCAGCUCCGCGCUGCUCCGGCACCAGCAGAUCCACCGGGGAGGGGAGCCCUAGGAGGACCGAGGGCGUGCAGUGGUUUGGCCUGGUGCUCGCUGCCACCCCUGGGAGCAGAGCCCAGCGUCUCUCUCUCCUUUUGCUAUUGAGUGUGCUGCUUGUCGGGGGUGAAAGCAAUUUCUUUUUAAGAGAACAAAUCCUGAAAGGUAGAGAUGGAGGGAGGUUGCAAAGAGCUGAACUGGAGGUGGGAUAGCUCUUGGCAGAGGAGGAAUUCAUUUCAGAAGGGCAGAAUAUCCUCACGGUGUAUUUUAAAGGAAGGGAAAUACGCUGCCUCUCCUGGAGAACUGACAGAGGCCUGCAAAGCUCUGAUUUGGGUAAAGAAAAGCUGCUUUCUUCCGUGGCUCUGAUUGACCUUCUCCAGCCUGAGGGCUGUGCCCAUAGCAUGGAGAAGCCCAAAGCCCCGUGCUGCUGCCACCCAUGGCUGUAUCUGACGGUGUCACAAAGCAGUCGGCCUGAGGUGUCUGUCCGUCUGUCCGUCCGUAGCCUGCGGGCUGCGUUGGGCGCUGCAAGGGGCUCUUUUUGGGGCUGUCCCCUCGGCGGGCUGUGGGCGGAGCAGCCGCACGGCGCUCUCUGAAAGCGUCCCGGACUUUCAGCUUUGAAGAUGUGAGAGCUGAGCGCUCUUUCCGAAUGUGAAUAAGCAUUAAAUCGUUCGUUAAUUAGGUUUAAUUAUUUCUAAAACUUGUAAAUAAAACCCUUCGUUAAAAAGAAUUUUCACCGUGCAUCUUGAGCCCCCGCCGUGUAGCCUAGGCUUUGCUCCUGCCAUCCUCGCUUGUGCUUCAUCUCGGAGCGGAGCAGCCGGAUCAGCUCCACACGCGAACCCGGCGCCGUGCGGUCACGUGCUCAGCCGAUCGGCCGCGCGGGUCGGAGGGCGCGCCGCGUCCGCGCCUGCGCAGAGUCAGACAGAGGGCGGGGCUUGCCGUGACGUCCGAUGUCGCCAUUGGCUGCCGAGGAGCUGGAGCAGAGCGAAAGCGCGAGCCCCCGCUGUGACGUAAGCCGCCUCCUCCAAUCAUAGCUCUCUCCCGCGAGGUAAAUGCGGUCCGGCAGCACUGGGCCUUUGUCUUGCGCCGCGGGGCACGGCGCGAGCGGGCGGCGGUGGGUGAGUGCGAGGCGUGUCUCCGUGGCAACGCGGCCGGGUCGGGGCCGCGCUGAGGUACGGCGAUCCGGGGCACGGCCGGGCGGAGGCCUCGGGGCUCGUCCCGGUGCCCGGCGGUGUCAGCGCUGCCCAGAGGCGCUCGCGG